AUGUCUGUAGAUCUCGGAAAGCUUGAGGCCCACCUUGCGAGCCGUUCCUACGUCGAGGGUCACACCCCGUCGCAGGCGGACGUCACUGUUUUCAAGGCUAUCUCUUCCGCCCCCAACGCGUCCGCGAACCCUCACGUCGCUCGCUGGUACAACCACAUCAAGUCCUACGAGGCUGAAUUUGGCUCCCUCUCUGGCUCCAGCUCUGCUGGCGAGGCUUUCCUCGGCGGUGCCGCCGCUGCGACUCCUGCCAAGGCUGAGGAGGACGAUGACGAUGAGGUCGACCUCUUUGGCUCUGACGAUGAAGAGGAUGCGGAGGCUGAGCGCAUCAAGGCUGAGCGUGUCGCUGCCUACAAUGCGAAGAAGGCCGCCAAGCCCAAGACUGUUGCGAAGUCCGUCGUCACCUUCGAGGUGAAGCCCUGGGAUGACGAGACCGACAUGGUCAAGCUCGAGGAAGCCGUCCGUUCCAUUGAAAUGGAGGGUCUCGUCUGGGGUGCCUCCAAGCUUGUCCCCAUCGGUUAUGGUAUCAAGAAACUACAGAUCACCCUUGUAGUCGAGGACGAACUCGUCUCGCUCGACGAGCUCCAGGAACGCGUUGCCGAGUUUGAGGACUACGUCCAGAGCUCUGACAUCGCUGCCAUGCAGAGUGAGUAUCGAAAAUUUUCACUUUCGAAUUGA